AUGGCUUCAUUCUUUGGCUCAAAGCAUGCGGCUCCAGCUCCAGGUGAUCGAGUGCGGCCCCUUCACUUCUUCGAGGACAGUCUGCUGGUCCAGGGUAACAAUAUGGCUGUAUCACUUGUCUUCAAUGAAGUCCUUGAUCCAGAAAAACUCCGGCAAGCCCUCGAGAGCCUGGUUAAGCGGCCUGGCUGGGAACGAUUGGGCGGUAGACUGAAAACGAAUGCUUCCGGUAAAAUCGAGUGGCAUAUCCCGGUCAACUUUACCGCCGAACGACCCGCAAUCACCUUUGUCUACGUCAACCACGGUGUUCCUGCUGCUUCUCAUCCAGCAGCGUCAAAAAUCCCGAAGCCAUCCACUAAGCCUGCCGUCGUAGGUGACCCGGAUAAUCUAGCGGAUAUAGCCUGGGAGCCGGGGUAUAAGCCGAACGGCAUCAAGGACUACCUGAAUACUGACCGCCCGGUCUUGGGCUUAAGGGUGAACUCUUUCGACGAUAAGACCAUUGUAACCCUUCAAUGGCAACAUGUCACCUUCGACGCGCUUGGUAUGCAAUAUGUAGUUGAGUCAUGGUGUGCCAUGCUUUGGGGCAAGGUAUCUGACAUUCUCACUCCACUCAGCCCCGACUCGGACCCAUUCGACGUACUUGCGCAAGGCACAAGACCUGCGAGCGAACAACACGUCUUAGCUGAUAGACAGGUAGGACUCGGGGGCAUGCUGAGGUGGGGGCUAGGGUACGGUGUAGAUAUGUUUGUUCGGGCCAAGGAAAAUCGCAUAGUUUGUGUGCCAGAGUCUUAUUGGCGGCCGCAGUUAGAGAAGGCUUUAGAGGAACUUCGAGCUGAAGCUGUUGCUAAUGGUGAGGAUGUGGCGAAAGUAUUCUUGACCGAGAACGACGUAUUAACGGCCUGGAUUCUUCAAUCUACCGUACGCCAAAUGGCGCCGAAUCCAGAGCGGCUAGUUGCUGCAUCUAUAGCCAUGUCUCUUCGCAAGGCCUUUGAGGGAGACUUGAUCCCUUUUGCUGCUCGGCAACCAUACGUGGGCAAUGCCUUUGGCUGGGCUAAUGUGCUUGUUCGCGCAGGCGACGUUGUCUCUAAGCCACUAAGUUGGCUCGCAUGCCAAAUCCGCAGUGCCAUCAACCAACAGGGUACUCGUGCUCAACAUGAGGCCUACUAUUCCAUGGUGCGCUCGUCAGGAAUCGGCCUACCUAUUGUGGUUUUCGGUGAUGGUGGGAUGGCUCAAGUCGGGUUUUCGAAUUGGUCCAAAGCAGGUCUCUUCGACUUAGACUUUGCGCCGGCUCGGAAAGACUUGAGAAACAAUAAUCAGCCAUGCAGACCUUCAUACGUGCAGGAAAAUCAUGGCCCUGUAAAGCCAGUUGAUGGUUUCUUCAUUCUUGGAAAAGACUCUCAAAGUAAUUACUGGACCUCAGCGUACAAGGUAAAAGGUUCGUGGGAUAAGUUCCAAGAGCAACUCGACAAGGCUUUUAAAACUUGA